GUGCACCGCCUCUCCAGAGGAAACCUCGUCCUGGAGUGAGCUGCGGGUGCGACGAUCCCCCGGCGGGAACGUCUUACGCCGUGACGUCAUUACCCUGCCUGAUGGCCCCCUUUCUCCCCCCCCUUUUUUUCCUUUUUUUUUUUAACCCUUUUCGCUCGCCAGUUUUAUUUUUGUUUUCUUCGGGGAGUUGUGUAAGGAAGGAGGUGCCCGAUCUAUCUCCACUAGGUUGUGAGAGUUCUUGAAAAUGCAUUGAUAAGAUGGCUGAGCAAAGACAGAGAAAUUUAUCUACAUCAGGAGAAGCUCUCUAUGAACUCCUGGGUCUUGAAAAAGGGGCAUCCCAUGAAGAAAUCAAGAAAAGUUACAGGAAAUUGGCCCUGAAAUAUCAUCCUGAUAAGAACCCAGAUAACCCAGAGGCUGCAGAAAAAUUUAAAGAAAUUAACAAUGCUCAUGCAAUAUUAACAGAUGUGUCAAAAAGAAAUAUAUAUGACCAAUAUGGAUCAUUAGGGCUGUACAUCGCUGAACAGUUUGGUGAAGAAAAUGUCAAUACAUAUUUCAUGCUUUCUAGUUGGUGGGCAAAAGGUCUGUUCACCCUUUGUGGUCUUUUGACUGGGUGCUACUGUUGUUGCUGCCUGUGCUGCUGUUUCAAUUGCUGUUGUGGAAAAUGCAAACCCAAGCCCACAGCAGAAGAGCAAGAGUUCUGCAUGUCUCCUGAAGAUCUGGAAGAGCAAAUCAAGACAGACAUGGAAAAAGAUGGGGAAGCUCCAGUUCUGCUUCAGCCAACAAAUACAACUGAGAAAACCCAGCUUAUUGGUGACAGUCAUCGCAGCUAUCGCACAGAAUCAUAAAUCAGCAGCUUUUAGAAUUUGAAGGAGUAUAAACGACAACUUCUGGAUUGUAAAGUAUUGUUAGAACAUGAAAGAUAUUAGGACACUGUGCCCACCAUGUACCAUCAAAUUGACUUGAGCCCUAAAUCUGAGAAGAUGCUCUACCAUAAUAUUGUUUCCAAAACUGUGUUGUUGCGUGCAUGAAUACUAUAAACAUAGUAGGAACAAACUAUUUUUAAAAUACAUGCACUUCCAAUAUUGCUAGAAACAUAUGAUAUACAACAUGCUCUUCUGAUAGUAUGUAAAAAAGUCCCUAAUAUUCUGGGUACUUUCAUGUGGUCCCUAGUGAAUUUAAAAUCAUUAAAGUUGUUAUAGUACUGCUUCUUCUCAAGUCCUAGAAGUGUUGAAAAUGACUGACAUCCUUACUUUUCUCUGCAGUGUUACAAUUAUUUUGAUCUUAGUGUGCUUCUUCACCUAUAUAGUUUUUCUUAAAAGCAAUACUGCUUUUCUUACUAUUUCUUCAGUAGAUUGUUUUCCCCGGAGAAUACAUGUAUAAAACAAUAUGUAAUGUUAAUAGGUUGUUUUGUCCAUGGAAGAUUAUUGCACUGUUCUGCUACUAUCUUGGAAAUGCAGAAAACUCAGAGUUAGGGAAUAAAUUAAUUUGCAUUUGGGUAUGGUGUAGGUAUAAAUAAUUGAAAAGUUACUGUAUCCCUCUUCAGCAACUGAAAUGCCCAUGACUCUACUUUUGUUCAGUGAAUAUGUGAUUCAUUGAUACAUCAGAUUUCGAUUUGACAUAUUCGUUUCCUUCACUGCAAAAUACACUACAACCAGAAAUCUAUAUUUCAAUAGUUUUAAACUUAUUUACUUACCAUGUAUAUGUCUAAUAAUUGAAAACCAAUAUAAUUUGUAUACCACAUCUGGGCUUCUGAUACCAUCUUGUAAUCUAACUCUUAGAAUUAUAUUUAAAGGUUAAAUGAUAUAUAUUUUCAGAUAAAUUUAGGUAGAUUUGAACUUUAAAGCAAUAUUUUGUGCAUGCAGUUUGGAUUUAACUUUUGCAUAUCAAUUAUUAUUGUUAUGCUUUUACUUAAUCAAGGAGAGAUUAACAAUGGCUGGAAAUAAGUCCCCAGUCUUUGGAAUGCUAUAUCUUUUUUUUAUCAGAAGGACAGUAAAGCAAACUGUUAACAAUAUGAAUCUGUACAAAAAUAGUAAGACCAACUCUAAACAUCCUACUCCAUGGAAAGUGAAUUCAAACAAUCUCAUUUUAUAAAACUUAUAUUGUGUAUACAUAGAAACAGUCUUGAGAAUGGUUUAACUGAAAGAUUUCAAGCAGAGUUCAGUUUUGUAGUAAAGACUAUGUUGUAGAAACAGCAUGGGAUAUGAACUGAGUUGUGCUUAUGGAAAAGAACAAGUUUUCCAGUUGAUGAAUGCAAAUCCAAUCAUGGCUAUUGCCCUGUGGGAUGCAUAUUUACUGAGAAAUAAAAUCUUAAUGCAUUUCUUGGAUUUUACAUCCAAACAAUCAUGGACAUAAUUAAGCUAGAAAGUUAAUAAUUUGAAAGAAUGACAGAAAAAUAUAGCAGGAAAAAAACCAGGAUAUCAAAGACUAGUCUAGUGAUGUCUGAAUAAACAUCUAGACCUACAAUCUAUACAAGAACAAAUGUAUUCCAUUUUAGAUAACCUAAAGUCAUACAAUAUUUAUUAGCCAUUUGACAAUAUAGCAUUUGCUUUUCAUUACAUGGCUAGUAGGACAAGGAAUAUAAAACAAAUCCUGUAAAAUGAAAUAUGUACAGUAAUAUAAUCUUGAUUACAUGUGUAGAUAUUGUUGGUAGUCAAUUCAAAAUGUACUUUGUAUAUUGCAUUUCACUUUGCUGACCAAUAUAUUACUUGAAUAAAAAUUCCAUAUAAGA